AUUAAACCUACAGAACUUUCGAUUUUCCCUUAUUCCCUUUUACAAAUUAAACACAUUCAAUCGUCUAAGGUUUGAUUGAUUGCAUUACAUCGCACCUUCUUCAUACUUAAUUUCAUUCUAAUCUCUUCAUUUUCUUGUCCAAUUCAUCAAAAACAAGCCCUUUCUCUUAUUCAAAUCCACCAUCAUAACCAUCUUUUAAUUCCAAAAAUGAUCCCAGCUUCGAUGAUUACGUUCUAUUCGAAAGAAUGAGUCUCACAUCCGAUUGUUGUUUCCAGGACUACGUAAUAGCAUUUACUCGAUAACCCAAUAAAUUCUUUCCACCUGGGUGUUGUCAUUCCUCAAUGAUAUCCUGAAUCCCCUUUUUAAAAUCCGGUCAAUGAAGCUACUUAUCUCAUUGAAUUCGUUGGUGAGAUUCAGAAAUUGUAACUUAAAAUGGUGCAUAAAUCUGCUUCGGCGCCGUUUCUGGUGAACAGAUAUCGGGGAAUGAUUUGAUGACGGAUGAUAUGAUUUCGUGGAACAAGAGCGGCAAUAGAUUUAUUGUUUGGAAAACUACUGAUUUCACUAGGGAUUUGCUUCCUAAUUCCUUCAAAUACAACGAUUUUUCCAGAUUUGUUCGUCAUCUUAAUACUUAUCCUAUGUGCAGUGAAUUUGGGUUGUUGCUGCGGGUGACCCUUGUUGUUGAGUUAUUCUCAUAGAAUGAAUGAAGUACACGAUGAUCAAUGACCCGAAGGUUGGAUGAAUGCGUGUGGGAUAGACAUGAACAAUCCUCAAUGGUCACCGAUCUUCCAGAAAAAUGCACUACUCAUUGUCAUAUUCUGUUAGAUUAAUCUAUAAUAGAAUGAUAAGAGUAUAUGUAAUAGUAUAUUCCAAUAGAAUAAUCUACAUAUUAUAUUUGUUUGUUAUUAGGGAGUG